AUGCGCUCCCUCCCCACGGCCGGCCCGCUCCCACCCGACGGCUGGCGCGCUCCCUUCCCGGCCGGCGCGCUCCCUCCCCGCGGCCGGCGCGGUCCCUCUCUGCAGCCGGCGCCCAUCCUCCUCCGCGACCGGCGUGGUCCCUCCCUGCUGCAGCCCGCCAAUGCUCCUCCGCUGCCGGCGCGGUCCCUCCCCGCUGUAGCCUGCCACUUCUCCUCCGCGACCGGCGCGGUCCCUCCCCGCUGCAGCCCGCCCCUCCUCCAUAGAUGGCCUUCACCGACUGCUACAGCCCAUCCAGGUGGUGGCCGUCAUCCUCGACCCCGAUCCACAUCUGCCUGGGCUUCUAUGGCUGACCUGCCCAAUCGCCGAUGGAUUCCUUCUCCAAACAGCUACAACCUCCCUCCCCCAAGCAAGCCGCCAUACAUCACCGUGGAUCCCCAUGGCGAACCACGCCGACACCCUGAUCUGGACUUCCAGCUCCUCCCACCUCACCGUGGGUCGGCCCCGCAACCUGCCUCCUUUCUCGAGUCGCCUGCGCACCGGGCGCCGUGCGCCACCCCGCCUUCCUCCAUGCACCACCUCUGA